AAAAAAACACUUGACUUGACUUUGCUCUCUCCUAACUAAUUGAUUAAUAUAUAUAUUUUUUGUGUAAUAAUAUUUGUGAUUUACAUUGAAAUUAAAAAAAAAAAUUUUUGUGACGACAACAACAACCUAAUAGAUACGACACACAACUGUUUUUAAAACAAAUUAAAAGAAAGAGAGAGAGAGAGAGAGAGAGAGAGAUACCACCACUCCUUAUAUCAAUAAUUACAGGAUAUUUCAUCAGUCAAUCAAUCAAUCAAUACAUACAUAGAAAACACAUCACAAUUACCAACAGUGGUGUCACAACCCAUUUGGAUCAACCAUUUAAACAACAAAUAGUUUAAAAACUUCAAUCAAAACCAAACGGUUGACUCUUCCGCGGAAGACCUAUCUAUCUAUCUGUCUGACUGUCUGUCUGUCUCUGACCACUAAAAAAAUAUUUCUGUGAUAAUCGACUUUCAAAAAAAAAACAAAAACAAAAAAAUCUCUUUUUCAUAGUUGGAAGUGUCAGCAGAAGUAUUGGGAAAGAAGAAAAUACAACUAUUUUUUUCUUUGAAGAGAAAACAUUGACAAACAAAAUAGCAAUGAAUAUGACAUCGACUUCAAGGUCUUCAUCAUCAUCAUUGUCAUCGUCAUCGUCAUCACCAUCAACAACAACCACCACCACCACCACUGCAAACAACUUAUGCAUUUCAUCAUCAUCUAUGACAUCCACCACCACUACUACCAUCGCCACCAACGCCACCCGAUUGACACCGUUGGACAUUACCAAAGCUAAACAGUCGGCUGUGGCGGUGGUGGCGGCAAACGGUGAUCAUCAGCCAUCAUCGAUAGACGACCAAAAAUCAUGGUCCACUACCAUCACCACCAGCACCAGUACCAGUACAUCCACAUUAAAUCACAAUCUUCAGCCACCAUCGCCAUCGAUAUUAGUUAUAUACUCAAGCAACACCAACAGCAACAACAACUCGACGGUUAGGUUACCAUCGAUUUUUGGCAACAAAUAUCUUGUAGUCUCUCAGUUCGAGACAAGCAAUUUGUAUCGUUGUUUCGAUAUUAAUACCAACCAAGAGUUUUGUUGUAAAAUAAUAGCAACCAAUAACUAUCACGAGUUUCUGAUGGGUCAUCUUCGGAUGGACGGCCAUACGGCCAUCAAUCAAGUCGAAGAGGUAUUGGUUGGCAAACUGAAUACGUUUGUAGUGUUCGGACCAGCUUUCGGUGAUCUGCAUUCGUAUGUCAGAAGUUUGAAACGUUUGCGGGAAUCGGAAGCCGUUCAUAUAUUUCAUCAAAUUGUUACCAUUGUUUCCGAUUGUCAUCGAAACGGAAUCAUCUUAAGAGAUCUUAAGCUCAGAAAGUUUUUGUUCGCAAAUAAAGAAAGAAAUCAAAUAAAACUCGAGACACUCGAAGACGCGGCAGUUCUCGAUGACUGCGACGACGAUAUGAUUAGCGACAAACACGGAUGUCCGGCAUAUGUCAGCCCAGAGAUACUGUCGGUCAAUAGGGGCGCCUAUUCGGCCAAACAGGCCGACUGCUGGUCAUUGGGUGUCAUAUUGUACACUAUGCUUGUCGGCCGCUAUCCCUUCCACGACGUCAAUCCGUCGCUACUGUUUUCAAAGAUCCGUAGAGGAACUUACGUCUUACCCGAUUCGCUGUCGUCGGCGGCUAAGUGUCUGAUCCGAAGUCUGCUACGGCUUGAGCCAAACGAACGGCUCACUGCCGAAGACAUACUAUCGCAUCGUUGGUUUCGUAGCUAUCGGUCUAACCAUCACUACAGACAUUCAAAGACAUCCAACUCCUCGUCGUCAUCAUCCAUGUCGUCUGCAUUUAAUCAAAACAUUACUGGAUUUCCUAAUAGUGUUAUGUCUUCAUCGUCAUCGUCAUCAUUGUCAUCGUCAUCAUCGGACAGCUCAUCUCGCAGACACCAACACCAACUCAAUAGUGUUUCAUCAUAUGUUUAUAACAAUAGUAGUGACGACCAAACUGUUCCCGAUCUCAUCGACGACAAUCAUACGGCCGAUGCUAACUAUUAAAAAAAAAAAAAAAUCAACUGUAAAUCAAAUCAAUCAAUUGAUCCAAUAAAUCAUUAAUUACAGUAUAAUACAGCAUUGUGUCAACUAAAACAACAAAACAAAAUUAAUUUAUUUCAAUUGAUUUAUUCAUACAAUUUGAAUGUUGAAAAAACAAUUACCGUAUAAUCUGUAUAAAAAAAAAAUCCCCUAAAAUAAUGUGUUAAUCGAUUAAAUCGAUGUUAUAUUUCCUAUUGUUUUACAUAAUUUUUUUUUUGAUGGCAUAAUUGGACUCAUUUUUUUUUAAAAAUUAUUAUUAUUAUUAUUAUUAAUCAUUUUUUUGUUAAUUUACUU